CCUCUUGUCAAUUUACCUUAGUCAGAGUUUUAUUCUAACUGUUAAUGUAAAAGUAUAAAUAGUAUCAAAUUUAUUUCUUAUUUCAUUAAAUCUAUGGGAGUAACGUCUGUGUUUGACCUUUUCACCUGGAUUUUCAAUUUCUAGCAACAGGUGCGAUUUUUGCGUCCUCUGACAAGAUGUCGGUGGAAGCCCAUGGUCAGAAGAUCGACCAAUUAUUCGCGGCGCUAGGAGUAUGGGGUGGUUACCAGGUACUGCAGAUGUCGCUGGUCAAAUUCCUGUCCUUUCCAGCCUCUUUUCAGCUCUAUAUCUACCUAUAUCUUGGUUACCAGCCUCCGUUACGGUGUCAGUCCGUCGUGAACAUCACAUCCCAGGCGCACAUGUACGUGACACCUAACAUGAGUGUGGACACAGGCUAUCACAAGACGUGUGUCGGACUUAUAGACCUCAUCAAUGAUACUUUGGUGGAAACAGAGCGUUGUGACUCGGGUUACGACUACGCUCAACCCAAAGACUCUACCCUCAUCACGGAGUGGGACUUGGUGUGUGACCAGAGCUAUCAAGCUCAGCUGAGUCAGACAGUUCUUGUGGUCGGUCAAGGUGUGGGGGCUACUUUUUUCACUUCGCUGGCGGAUCGAUUCGGACGGAAGAAGAUCUGCUUGAUCAGUCAGUGGAUAAUGCUGCUUGUCAGUGUGGGCACCGCCUUCGCUCCUAGCAUCCUCGUAUUCACACUUAUCCGCUUCUUUCUAGGCGCUGCUCAACAGGGUCACGUGAUGUCUAUGUUCGUGAUGCCGAUCGAAGUGCUACCCAGGCCCCACAGAGCGACCAUCCAGAUGAUAGGCAGCUUCCUGUGGUCUGCUUUCCUCUUUGUGCUGAUCGGAUUGGCGUAUGGCUUUCAGGAUUAUAACUGGAGAUAUUUCCAGCUCACCACAGUGGUGGCCACUCUUGCCACUCUUCUACCAAACAUGCUGUUCUUGGACGAAUCUUUGAGAUGGUUGCUGUCGAACGGAAGAACUGAGGAAGCCAGGCGUAUUAUAGAUAAGGCAGCCAAGAUGAACGGAAUUAACCCAGAUGACAUCUCCAUCGCCCUGCACGCUUCACAAAACAACAUAGACAAAGAUACUGACAAAGACACCGACAAGAAAGAAAGAAAGUCCAACUUACUCGAUAUCUUCCGCCACAGAAAACUUCGAAAAACAGCUUUUAUAAUGUGUUUUGCUUGGAUUGUCAAUGCAGGGACCUCUUUCGGCCUCUCUUUGACAGCAGCCAAACUCUCUGGGGACAGGUUCCUGAACUACUUCCUUAUCUUCGUGUGCGAUAUACCGGCUACAAUCAUUUCCUAUAUCACCAUGCAAAGAAUCGGCCGUAGAGCGACGUGUAUCGCAAGUCACUUCAUCACUGGAUCCACCUUAUUGGCAGCCGUAGUUAUCAACACAUACUUGGGUCCUUCCGGCUGGGUGACGGGGCUGACGGUGGUGGGUAAGUUCGGCAUCACCAUGUCCUGGGGAACACUGUUCCAGUACACACCUGAACUGUACCCGACUAACCUCAGGAGUGUUGGUCUAGGCAUCGCAUCAUCAUCUUCUCGGAUCGGUGGGAUGCUGGCUCCCUUCGCCACAAUAGUAAUUGAUUACCACCCCUGGCUUCCAGGAACUAUUUACGGAAGCAGCUGUCUUGCAAUUGUUUUUUUCUUGUUUCUUCUGACGGAAACCGUGGACAAAGAGUUACCUCAAACAAUCGAAGAAAUCAACAGCUGGAAGAAGAAGAAGAAGAAGAAAAAGAGGGAGGAGAAGGAGUCAGAAGAUAACAAGUAUUAAAUCAUGAUUAUGUGAGAAUAGUUGGUAAUCUACACAGAAUAUCGAUAUGUAGAUUUGUAAACAUAAAUAUUAUGCAAUGAUACUAUGAAAAAAUGACAAAUUUUGUAGGUUAUUCAUGAUUUAAUUAUUAUUGUCUUUUCUCUAAGUGUACAAAAUGCUUUACAAAUUAUGAAAGUACAAUCAUAUUUUUUCCAAAGACCUAUAAUAUUAUACCCGAUAUUAUCUUGACUUCAGUUCAAUAUGAUUGAAGCUUCAGUGAACCAAACAUGUCUGAACAGUUGUCCACUAAAUCUGGAAAUGACAAGGGAUAAUUAAUAGUUUGUGAGUCUUCCAGAAAGCACUGAAUAUUGGUGGGAAAAUAUGUGGUAAUUUCUGGAGCUUUUGCAUUCAAACUUGUUUGUCAGUUUUUAUACAUAGGACUGAUUAAAAGAAAACAACACAGUUAUACAACCUAUACCUUAGAUGAAAGACCUAUACUUAAAGUCAAAUAAAAUAUCUAAAUUUUCCGUCAGCAGGGCUUGUUAUUUGAGUAUUUAAUAGUUUAACAUCGAAGGCUUGGAAGUCUCCUUUACGCCGCCAUUUGAACACAUUAUGCGUCAUCGUUCUUAGCGUCGAUCAGUAGCUCUUCAGGACAUAGCAUUCCAGAUCCAUAUCCAUAUAUCGCUUUCUUAAUCAGAUGCUACAGUUUUACUGAUAAACUGUUUAUUCUAAUAAACAUAUCGAAUAUUAAUAGUUGUGGUUUACUUUGUAUUUUUUCUUUUUAAUAGCAUGAUAUGAAACAUAUUGCAUGUGUAAUAGACCUAUAUAAAUCGCAGUGCUGUACUAUUCAUGACCCGAGCUUUUUCUGAGGUAGCAUCAGCAAGAUGGUUGCAGGCCUGCUUACUCAACAUUUGCUUCAAGUCAACAACAAUCAUAAAAGAGUUGUAGAAUAGCAUUAACAAGCCUGGCUAUUUAUCUGUUAGUAUUAGGCUUCCAAGCUGAAAGCUCGAUGCCUAUUGAUCUUGCUCAGAAUAAAAAAAAUUGUUUUUUUUUUAACAACGCUUUUUUUGUUCUCCAGAAUACUGCAAAUUAGCAGCAAAGUUGUCCCAAAUAUUACCUUUAAUGGUUUGGAAGUUUUUCUAGAUCGCUUACCAUAUUUAAUUUCUAGCCAAACCUUUUCUUCUCAAGAAUCAAUCGACGGAUCAUUCUGAAAAUUGAUAUACAUGUAGAACAAUAUUAAAUACGUAAAGUUUGAAGAAGGCUUAAACUCCGUUAAAAACUUUAAAAGUUCACCAUUGGUCAAAUAUAUGACGUCAUAAUAGCUUUGAGUAUUGAAAUAGCUCUGGGGUAUUCCGAUGUAUUUCGAGCACAUGAUUCCGAAUGUACUUCCGUUAUUUUGUCUGUGUGUGUAACUCUUUCAGAUAUAGUCAGUAAACUACUGUAAGGUUUUCAGGUUGCGGAAUUUCAGUGGCCUGUAUAUCCAACACUGUGAGGUUUAGAAAUUUACAAUUGCACCAUACUGUAGCCCAAGAUGUUCACCUGUAUGUAUGUACCUGAAAUUUGAAUAUAUUUGAGGUACCUUUCAUAGUUUUCAUAGAGUUGUUUAAAUGAUAUCCCCUUAUUUUCAUAAACAAAAAAUUUGAACCUAUUGAUUCAGCCUAGAUUUGCAGGAUAAGUGGACAAUAUGCUGUUAUACUGCCUACUUAACUGAUCAUAAUUUCUCAAAGCGGACCGUGUACGUUAAUAUACAAUGUAUUAGACUUUAUGUGUAAAGAAGCAGACGCUGAAAACGACUCAAGCAGCCGUGAUUCUGUAGACAGUUCCACUUUAAACAGGUGCCCUACUUCCGAAAAGCUAGAGAUUUGCUAAGAAUGAUUCACAUUUUUGCCUUUGAAUUAUUUCUAUGGCUGAUUUCGACUUUGGAUGCUUGCACGGGACCACCUUUUGUGUACAUGUACUUCUCUGACUCGCGAGUCUAGAUUCAGCCAUCCCCGUCUUUUAUCUUAGGUACACAACUGCGUCCCGAUUCCAUCGCUACCGUCCAUUUAACUAAGUAUGAUGUCUGAUGACAUUCCUGAUCCCUAUAUUACUCAAAUAACUACGGCUAACAAUAACACCGGGACCGAGGUAUGUAAAGGGAGCUUACAGAGUAAGGGUUCUGUGAAUAGACAAAGAUUUUAUUCAAGGCAUAUGAUACGAUCUGAUGGCGAAAUCCAAAGAGUCAAGAACUCAUGGCACUUUCGCCUACUGGCGAUGCUUCCUUUCAUCAAAGAUCUAAAAGAAAAACACACUAUCUUCACGUUUUUGAACGCGUAUGGUAUACAUGUAAGGUUGUAGUCAAGUGAUUCAAAAACUUAAUGAAGUAGCGACAGCGAUUUUAAAGCAUAUCCAGUGAAAGAUAAGAAAACGUUCCUUUAAAUAUAUCGUUCCGUAGAAACUUGUAUGCCAAGUAAAAGCACAUGUAUCUUUAGAAAAUCAAACAGGUGAUCGUCGUGCACUGAGUCUAUCAGGCCUAUAAGAAAGAAAAAAGACGCUGAAGCUAGAUCUAAGAACUACCUGCGCAAGACGCACAACCCUUAAAACCCUUCUUACCAUGUUAACACUGAUUAAUAGCGACAUCAAAAUCCAAGGGAUGAUAACAUACAUUUGGUUGUGUCGUCUGAGUUCGUCAUAUAAUUAUACAGAGGGUACGACACUCGGGCGUGAGUGCUUGGAACGUCCAUUUUGAUUGACAGCUGGUGUAGGAAUGCCUGUUUUCACAUGUAGAUACAGUACCCAAUAAAGUCACAAUGGGUGAAUUUCUGAACUCAAGCGUCACAUUACUCUGGAUUGUUUUAUGCCCAUCAAUAAAAUUGUUGGUGUGACUAAGAGUGCCUGUGACAUUUCCACAUUAUGGAAGAAUUUAGAAAAGAUGAGUGAUAAACAAUGAUAUCGGUG